AUGGCUGAUUUUCAUGGACUGCCAAUUUCAAAUCGCGUUGAAUUUGAAAAUACGCAGAAUAAGUUGAUUGUCGAGGAGUUGAAUUACGAUAUUGACAGCAACAAAAUCUUGCACAAUGAUUUACACAGUGGUCUAAACAAUGGACAAAGAGACAUUUACAAUUCAAUUAUUGAUUCAGUUUAUAAUGAAAGAGGAAUGCCAUUUUUUGUUUACAGGCAUGGUGGAACAGCACUUGAUAGAUCUUUGAGAGACAUUUUGUCUGAUAAAGAUCCAUCAAAUGCUAAUAGAAUAUUUGGAGGCAUAACUGUUGUACUGGGUGGAGACUUAAGACAAAUUUUACCAGUUAUACCAAAGGGGAAAAAAUAUGAUGCGAUACAAGCAUGUUUAUCUUCAUCUCCCCUUUGGGAACAUGUCACAGUAUGGUUACUGCAAAUUGGUGAAGGAACAAGAGUAUUAGAAGAUGAAAGCUUUAUAGAAAUUCCUGAAGAUUUGAGGCUUUCUCAACAUAAAAAUCUAGAAGAAAGAAUUGUGAAUGCUGUUUUCCUGAAUCUAUCUGCUGAGAUAGGCAAUGUUGAUUAUAUCAGAGAGAGGGCAAUAUUGAUAGCAAGAAAUGAUACAGCACAUGAAUUGAACGACUACAUUAUUCAAAAAUUGCAAUUAGAAUCGAAGACCUGUUACAGUUUAGACAACACUUGCAAAGCAGCAGGGACUCCAAAUGAUGAUGACAUUCUAUAUCCAACAGAGUUCCUUAACUCUUUGAUGUGCUCUGGUAUGCCAAAACAUGAAUUGCAAUUCAAAAUUGGAGUUCUAAUUAUGUUGCUACGAAAUCUGAGUCAAUCAGAUGGUCUUUGCAAUAGGACAAGAUUGAUUGUGACUCAUCUAGGGAAGUGGAGCAUUCAAGCAACAAUUAUUAGAAGAUCAAAUAUUGGUGAUAAUAUUGUGAUUCCUAGAAUAACAAUGUCCAAUGCAGAUAUGAAAUGGCCUUUCAGAUUGAAGAGAAGGCAAUUACCAAUUGCAGUUAGCUUUUGCAUGACUAUAAACAAAAGUCAGGGUCAACUGCUCAAAAUGGUGGGAUUCUACAUAAAACACUAA